CCCAUAUUAUAAAGUAAAGAAUGGUUUCACUUGUUAUCAAUGUCAUGUUUUCCUUGCACAGGGCAGUACACACAGUCUCCCUCCUAUUUUAUGCUCACAACAACCUUGCAAGGUAGGCGAGAUUGAGUGAGAGCAACUGGGUCACCAGUGAGCCCCGCUAAUGAGCAGGGAUGUGAACAGGAAUCUACCUGCCCCAGUUUAUCCACUAUAGCACAUUUUACUGUCCAUUGGGAUCUGUUUUAUUAAGACUUUUGGAUGAAGGAAGCUAACAUACUUCUUGGUAACCAACCAACUAUGUCUCUUGAUCCUUCAUGGCAGGUCAAAAGACCCCUCCGUCUGGGGAGGUCCAUAUCUGGGUCAAGGACACCAAAGAUCUGCCCCAGUUACGUCCCUCCGGAGUGGGCUCCUUUGUGAAAUGCUACGUUCUUCCAGACACCAGUAAAAAGAGCUACCAGAAGACCCGCAUUGUCCAGAGGGACUCCAACCCGGUGUUUAACCACACCAUCGUGUACGACGGCUUUCAUACAGAAGAUCUGAAGGAUGCCUGUGUCGAGCUGACCGUCUGGGAUCAUGAGAAACUGACCAAUCACUUUCUGGGAGGGAUCCAGCUGGGACUUGGGACAGGUAAUAACGAGGCCCUUUCGCCUCAUUCCAGUUUCGACAUGAAACAUGUUCUCCUUGCCCAGAAAAUAUAAACAGGGAGAGCAGACAUCCAAAGGGCAUGUUUUGGACCGCAAAUCAAAAUGGAAAGGGCUUCUCUUCAGAAGCGUGGCUGGGCGGAAAUUAGAAUUCACAGCAAGCCAGGCCUCUGCACCAUUGAAAUCAAUGAGUACCGUUCAUUUCCCAUUAAUUUCCCAUUAAUUUUAGUAGGAUGUAGUCAUGACUAACAUAGCCCGGAUGAUUUCAGGGGUUGAACCUGAAGCCAUCAGCAUGCAAGUUGUACACUGGACUCGGGUCAGGACAUCCUAAAAUGAAUGACAGCGAAUGCCCACUAAAAUGCACUGGUUCUUUCCAAAUGGCAAGGGGACUGCAUGGAAUUUCUGAAUGGCCAAUGGAGAGGAGAGGAGAGCUGGUCUUGUGGCUGCAAGCAUGACUUGUCCCCUUAGCUAAGCAGGGUCUGCCCUGGUUGCAUAUGAAUGGGAGACUAGAAGUGUGAGCACUGUCAGAGAUUCCCCUCAGGGGAUGGAGCUGCUCUGGGAAGAGCAGAAGGUUCCAAGUUCCCUCACUAGCAUCUCCAAGACAGGGCUGAGAGAGAUUCCCGCCUGCAACCUCGGAGAAGCCACUGCCAGUCUGUGAAGACAAUACUGAACUAGGUAGACCAAUGGUCUGAUUCAGUAUAUGGCAGCUUCCUAUGUUUCUAACCAGUGCAUCUUAGUGGGCAUUCCCUGUCAUUCUUGACUAUAUGAUCCUAUUGAUAUAUUUGUGCAAGAGUUUGUUUCAAUUUGUCGCUUAAGAUGAUGGUGAAAUGCAGCAGUCAUGCUAACUGAGGAAAGAGGCACCUCUUAGAAAGUGGUCUAGUUCUCUUGCAUUUAGCAGGGGGAGAGCAACUGUCCCUCUUCAGACCAGUACACUGUCCCUACAGUGGCUGUUGGCUGGCGUCUCUCUUGUGUCUCUGUGGGGCAGGGAACCAUCUUCUCCUUGCUUUUGCUAUGAAAGCUGUUUGGGGAAUUUUUCUGCUCGAGAAGCAGGGUAGACAAGUGAGGGGGAUAAAUAAGAAGUGGGGCAAAGACCGGCCUUGCUGAAGGGGCCCCUGCUGACUGGGCCGAAGGGCACCUUCUCAAAAUGGCGGCUCUCUCGUAUCCCACAAGAGGGGGAGCAACUGUCCCUAUUCAGCCCAGCCCAGUGUCCUUCCCAGUGGCUGUUGCUGGCGUCUCGUUGGUGUUUCUUUUUCGCCUGCAAGCCCCUUGGAGGCAGAGAACCAUCUACUCAUGCCUUUUGCUGUGGAAGCCCCUUUGGGAACCUUUUCUGUGGAACGGCAGAGGGGACAGCUGCUCCAUAAAUAAUAAAUGAGCAGCCCCCCUCAGGCAAAGGUCGGCCUCGUUAAGUACCUGCUGACCAGGCUAGGGGGCACCUUCUCAAAAUGGCGGCUCUCUUCCAUUUAGAGGUGCUGUCCCUGUCCAGCCCAGCCUAGGUGGCUGUUGCUUGGGCUCUCCUUUGUCUUUCUUUUUAGACGGUGAGCCCCUUGGGGCAGAGAACCAUCUUCUCACUCCUGUUGCCUUGGAAACUGCUUUGGGGACUUUUCCGGUGGAAAAGCAGAGGGGACAGCUGCUCAGUGAAUAAUGAAUGAGCGGCCCCCUCAGGCAAAGGUCGGCCUCGUUAAGGGGCCUCUGCUGGGCCAAGAAGCGCCUUUUCAAAAUGGCGGCCGGGGAGAGCAGCUGGCCCUAUUCAGCCUAGAAUAGCAUCCCUCCCAGUUGCUGGGGGUCUCCCUUGUGUCUCCCUCCCUUAGAUUGGGAGCCUCUUUGGGGCAGGGAACCAUCUUUUCUCCUUGCUGUUGCUAUAGAAAUU